ACUUGACCAGGAUAUCUCAGAUGAUUAGGAUAUCACAUAGUAAUAUCCUAAGGAGUGCAAAGUUUCCUACUGGAAAUGGUGACAUAGAUGGUUCAAGUCUUUACUACUUCAAGAGAUUCAUAAAGGGUACAAAGAGCAUCAAUAAACUUAAAACUUUGAACACAAUAAAAAAUUUUCACAAAAUAGACCCGAAUAAUAGGAGAAAAUACGUUUUUAGUGGCGAAAGACGCUUGCAUCUACACAGCAUACCAAAACCACGGAUUAUUUCAAAGAUAACGUUCCAAAAGGGUCAUUUCCAAGAGACAAGAAUACUUCCGUACGAUUUCUACUCAUGUGUCGUUAGGUCUCUGGUUGGUGUCAAGCUAAAUUAUUUGGACAUUAAAAGAUCGCAAGUUAUAAGGGAAUGCACAGAAGUAUACCCCUUUGAGUUGAAAAGCAUAUUAUAUAACUUUGCUAGGAUUUAUAGCUACAAAAUGGACGUCGAGGAACUUGGACAGUUUGAAGAACUGUUACGUCUGGGGACGGACUCUAACAACAACUCACUACUUUUGCUGUAUUUAUCUACAAGGAAAACAAUUCCGAGAAAUUUGUUGGAAGAUAAUAAGAUUCUUGUAAAGUUAUUGAGAUUUAUCUCUCAUGGCCAUCCGGCACUAGAUUUCAACGCAAGUUAAAAUUUUCUCUCCCCUAAUUUAUUAUUUCACUUCAAUUUCCCU